UGGCCCCCAUGGCCGCGCCCUCGCCCACUACCCCCCUGCCGCCUUUCCCCGUCUACCCUGAUGUAAAGUUCAAAAGAUUGCCAUUCUAUGAUGUGAUGGCUGAAUUAAUGAAGCCGUCCACGAUGAUGCCGAUGCAGACCGGCCGGCUGCAGGAGGGCACCUACGUGUUCCACCUCACACCGCAGCAGGCCACUGAGAUUGCCUCCGGAAAGGAUAUUGUUGGCACCAGUAACAAACUUGAUUAUGUUAUACAGGCUCAAUUGAGGUUCUGCCUGUUAGAGACGUCUUGUGAACAAGAAGAUUAUUUCCCACCUAGUGUUUCAGUUAAAGUAAACAACAAAUUAUGUCCCUUACCA